ACCAAGCACUCGCCAGUGCCCACUCUUCCCACUCUCAGUCACAAACCCGACUACCUGCCAAUGUCUCCAGCGGCGAUGCCGAGCUCCGGCCACCAGGGCAGCGGCGCACCGCAUUUGGUGUUCGUCCCGAGCGCCGGCAUGGGCCACCUCCUCCCUUUCACCCGCUUCAUCACCGCCAUCGCAGACAUGGGCGUGGACAUCUCCGUCGUGACCGCCCUCCCGACGGUCUCGGAGGCCGAGGCCGAGCACUUCGCCGGCCUCUUCGCUGCCUUCCCCGCCAUCCGGCGCAUCGACUUCAACCUCCUGCCGUUCGACGCCUCCGCGUUUGCGGACACCGAGCCCUUCUUCCUACGGUGGGAGUCCCUGCGCCGCUCGGCCCAUCUCCUCGGCCCGCUCAUCGCCGGCGCCGCGCCGCGCGCGUCGGCCAUCAUCACGGACGUCACCUUGGCUUCCGAGGUCAUCCCCGUAGCUAAGAACGAGCUGAAGCUUCCAUGCCACGUCCUCUUCACGUCCGGCGCAACCGUGCUGGCAUUCCUCGCCUACUUCCCCGUCUACCUUGACGGCGCCAACGCAGACCACCUCGUCGGCGAUGUCGACGUUCCGGGCGUUCGACGCCUCCCGUCAGACUACUGCCCGCGUGUGCUGCGCAACCCCGACGGCCUCUUCACCAAGCAGUUCAUCGUCAACGGCCGCGAGAUCGCCAAAGCAGACGGCAUCCUCGUCAACACGUUCGAUGCCUUGGAGCCAGAGGCACUCACUGCCCUGCGGGGCGGCAAGGUCGUUCCCGGAUUUCCUCCGGUGUUCGCCGUCGGCCCGCUCAAGUCGACGCCCUCAGCGAGAAGAAGCGAUAAGGCGGACUCGCCUAUCGCCUGGCUCGGGGAGCAGCCAGCACGGUCGGUGGUCUACGUCGCCUUCGGCAACUGUAACGCCGCGGCGCUGAAACAGAUCCGCGAGAUCGGCGCCGGGCUGGAGGCCAGCGGCUGCCGGUUCCUGUGGGUGGUGAAGACCACGAUACUGGACCGCGAGGACACGGCGGAGCUGAGGGACGUGGUGGGCGAUGGGUUCCUGGGGCGCGUGCAGGGACGGGGCCUGGUAACCAAGGAGUGGGUGGACCAGGAGGCGGUCCUGAAGCACCCGGCCGUGGGGCUGUUCCUGAGCCACGCCGGGUGGGGGUCGGUGACGGAGGCGGCCGCGUACGGCGUGCCGAUGCUGGCGUGGCCGACGUUGGGCGACCACAAGAUAAUCGCGACGGUGAUACGAAGCGGCGGCUUUGGGGUGUGGAUGGAGCACUGGAGCUGGCAGGAGGAGGACUCGGAGGAGAGUUCGGUGGUGAGCGGGGUGGAGAUUGGGGAAAAGCUGAAGGAGGUGAUGGGCAACGAGGCGAUUUCGGCAAGCGCGGCCAAGAUGCGCGAGGAGGCGACCAAGGCCGUCGCCCCAGGCGGCUCCAGCUACCGGAGCAUGCACGAGUUCCUCGCCAUGCUCGGCUGACUGUUCUAGCGACCACUUUCUAAGGGCACAACUACCUGACGAUCCCGGCCCUUAGUAUCAGGUUGGACGGAGUUAAUUGCAAGGCACUGCCACACUUCGGCACGUUGUGACGAAUCAGUAUCACCAGUUACUUUUUUUGCCAUGCAGUGCCAACUCUAAGCCUAAGUGUUGCAAAACGGUUUGACAGGCGUAUAAGCUCGUAUUGACUUCGGCA